UCAAAGAAAACAGCAGCCACAUUACCAACAGCACAACCAGGUCCAGCAGCACCACAAGCUGCAGCAGCACCAGCAUCUGCUCUAGCUUCACAGGCUACAGCAGCACCAGUGGCGGUAGCACCACCACCACCUCCUCCUAGAGCUACACAGCCUACAGCACCAAUGGCAUCACUUACAUCACUAUCGGUUCAAACACAACAUCCAUCUCCAGUUCCACAAGGUAUAGCAAUAACGGUAUCAGAUCCAGAGUCAGGAGCAACAGCACAGAAAGAGAACGAACCAGCCACAAGUGCUACAGCACCAGAAUAUGCUACAGCUGUACAAACCGAAUCCCAAACAGCAGCAGACCCAGCCUCAAAGACCAUAACAGCAGACCAGGCCUCACAAACCACAACAGCAGACCCAGCCUCACAAACCACAACAGCAGACCAGGCCUCACAAACCACAACGGCAGCAGACCCAUCCUCACAGACCACAGCUCCAAAUGCUACAACCACACAAGCCUCAGCUCCACAGAUUACAGCCCAGCAAUCUACAGCACAAACCAUGGAAGCAACAGUUCCACUUGUGACACCAGCCCCAGCAACAGCCACACAAGCUAGCCCUGCACCACCUCCAGCAUCACCCUCUCAGAGAUACACUGAACCUGUUGCAGAGAAAUAUAUAAUGGAUGCCUGGGCUGGAAAGAGUCCUCACGUUCUACUCUCCAAAAUUGGUGCUUACAAAUUAUUCUACUGGGAUAUCCAACAAAUUGGUCCGGACAUGGAGUUGGAAAGUGAGUCUAUUAAUGCAUAUCUUGCGAUCAUGGUGAGACAAUGCAAUCGCCAUAAUUCAGCCAAAGCAGCAUUCAUUGAUUCAUUUUCAAUGACUGCCAUUUGGAAGAGAAAAGCUCCAAGACUCAAGAUCAAACCCAUGGAGCAUGAAGUGAUUCUGGGAAUUGUAAAUGAACAUCAUCACUGGACAUUAGUGGUCAUUUACCCACAAGAAAAGAAGUCGCUGUAUCUUGAUCCACUCGGAGAAACUAAACAAGGUAUCCAAAAUUGUUUGGAAUCAACAAGGGCAUUCAUGCGAAAAAAAAAAGGAUGCAACGUCUCAAGAUGGACUUGUGACACAGUCAAACACCCAAAACAAUUGGACGCUACCUCAUGUGGAGUCUUUGCAUUGAAAUUUGCUGAAAAGAUCUUGCAAAAAGAGUCAAUAGACUUUCCGUCUACAAAAAAGGCCAUAAACACACACAGGCUGCAAAUUGCCACCACUCUCCUCCUAGAGACAGGUAACUCAUUUUCCACAAUUCAGUGUUCUGAAAUCAUGAAUAUUUUCAUCAUGAUAGCUGUAGAAACAAACCAUAUAGUUGUUUGAAUGAAGUAAUAAGUGCAGUAGGUAGU